AUGUCCUCUCCUAUUGAGUCAUGGAUGAACUCGGAUGAGGAUGUGGCAAUCGCUCUCAAUCGCCAUAACCCGCGCUUUGCCUCAUGUUCCUGUGUCAAGUGUCUGAAGGCACCAGGGCUUCUCGACGACUUGUACGCUCAGGGGAAGGGCAGAGUCGUCGAAGACAUGAUCGACUGGCAGAACGCUCUUGACGCUGCUGGAGAGUGGCCACCCCAGCGCCCUCCGUCUGUACCUUAUUGUGAAAACUGUUAUGCGCAUGAGUCGCAGACCCAGAAGCCCUUUCUGUCGUGUUCAAGAUGCAAGAUGGCGAGAUACUGCAAUGCGGAGUGUCAACGCACACAUUGGAAGGCACACAAACGAUGCUGUGAACCCUUCAGCGAAUCCACGUCACCGAAAGAGAAUAUCUUCGAUUUUCUUCAGCAGCUUCGUCGACUUACAUUCGAUAGUCAAGACCGCAUCAAUCCGCGUGAGCGAUGCGCCACUUGCGGCACAAAGGAGUACAUCACCUUCUGUACUGCUUGCCGACGGAUCAAGUACUGCUCGCCCUACUGUCAAAUGCAGGAUUGGAAGAGUGGCCACAAGACUGAAUGUAAACUCUGGAAGCAGGUGGCUGCCGAUGAAGCGGAACGUCUGUCUCGGAUACGCUUGUUACAAAUACCUCGCGAGAACGGUGAACUAUGUGGAGGUUGCGGCGCCAUCAAACCCAAGAAACUUUGCGGCGCUUGUAAGGAGGUCAUGUAUUGCUCUGCGGAAUGUCAACAGAAGGAUCGGCCGGUCCAUAAGCAAGUCUGCAACACGAGGCAGUACCUUGAUCUUCAGUCCUUCUGGCCGCUACUCGCGCUGCUUGUCGAAUGGUCGCACAUCCAUUCUGUUAAGCCAACCCACGUCGCGCUGCGCAAAACGAUCCUAAACAGGCCUGGUCCAACUGAGCCCGUCAUUCAAUCGCCUGACGGUCGGACUGCACGACAAGUCUUCCUCGCCGAGAAGCAGCCCAUCACACUAGCCCUGCCGAUGCUGGAUCCUCACUGGUGGCCCUUGGAGACGGACGCAGACGCGCGCCGUAGGCUUAUGUGGCGUAUCAAGCGCGAAGGAUCUGUCUUCCCCAUACUGACCGCUAUAGCGACGGGACUCCUCGCAGAGAUGUACGCUGAGCCGCUGCACACAAGUGAUGUGAUACCUCGUCUGCGUUAUGAAUCUGGCCCACUCGCGGACUUCGGCAUUGCGGCUGGUGUUGCCACUGUCACGGGCGUGGACAAACUCAACUAUGUCGAGGUUGACACUCCGAACCGGCGCGUCACUCACGGGCAGGACCCUGAUGACCACUACUGGUUCUACUUCCGUACUGUACUUGGAGAGGAGCUCAAAAUUGACUGCAAUAUGUCCACGUUCGAGAUGAACUGGAUGGUGCGCGUCAACGCACCGGGUCACGACGGCGGACACGGCGUUCUUCGAGACUCAGAUCUCCACGCCUUGGUCUCUCGAAGCUCGUUCGGAAGUCGCCCUGAGCAGCUUUACCAGGCCGAGGAAGACUUACACGCCAUGGAGAAGUUCAUGAGCCGCCUUGCUCGCAGAGAGGUCACGAAGACGGAGGUCGCCUUUGCGAUGACGCUGGUCCGUGAACAUACACUUCUCAUGCGCAACGCACUUGCAGAUGGCGAAUGGCGUUCUUAUCCGGAGUUGCCUCUUCACGGGCCUGAUCUUGCUCCUGGAGAAACCCUGGAUCUUGAAGCAAAGCACAAGAAGCUCUUCCAGGAGGACAGGAGGCAGAGAAAGGCGCUGAAGGAGGCAGGGUGGAAGCGGUCGAAGCACGAGUAG